UGGCAAUUUCUUUUAAAAAACAUGUGCACUGGAAGCUGUGCUAAGUGCCUGGGAACCACACUUAUCCCUUUGGCUGUGCUGUGUACAGUCACUAACAUUUUGCUGUUUUUCCCUGGAGGAAAAGUGGCUGAAAACAAUGACCACAUUACAGACGAGGUUUGGUACUUCGGAGGGAUAUUGGGAUCUGGCGCAUUGAUGAUCUUUCCUGCCUUGGUGUUUUUGGGCCUUAAGAACAAUGAUUGCUGUGGAUGCUGUGGUAAUGAGAGCUGUGGAAAGAGGUUUGCGAUGUUUUCCUCUAUAAUAUUUGCUGCAGUUGGAGUUGUGGGAGCUGGAUACUGCUUUGUUGUGUCAGCAGUAGCCAUAAACAAAGGCCCGAUAUGUAACAAUGGAACACAGUGGCUCUAUCCCUUCAAGGAUGGGGAUUACCUAGGUGACCGAAAACUGUGGGACACGUGUCUGUCACCUGCAAACAUUGUGCCCUGGCACCUGACCCUUUUUGCUUUGCUGUUGGUGAUGAGUGGGAUCCAGGCAGUGCUCUGCGGCAUUCAGGUUGUGAACGGACUCUUUGGAACGAUCUGUGGGGAUUGCAGAUGCUGCGGAUGCUGUGGGGGAGAUGGGCCCGUCUAAAAAACGUCAGCGGUGCAAAGAACCCUUCUCACCUUCUGAAACCAUUCGGGAAAGGUUUCAGCAGCACCGCCACUGCUGGGAAGAUCGGAAUGAAAGGCACUUCCCUACACCAAAGGGGUGAAGCCCUGACUUCUCUUUUCAGGCACCCAUGUGCCUGAAACCUCUCCUCAUGGAAUAAAAUUAGCAAAAGUCAAGUAUCAUAAUCAUAUUUAUUUUUGUAAAACAGAUUCCAUAUAGAAUUUUGCCUGAGCAUUCUCUUUUUAACAUUAAUAGCUUUCUAACUGUAGAUCACCAAACAGCGCUGAUGCAAGUUCAGUUGUUAUGAAAUUUUAUCUAAUCUCUUUUGAAGUUUAGCAAAUGGGAAUAUCAUAAACAAUGGAACUUCUUUUGAGGAUAUGUUUAUAUGUGCAGAAAAGCAAGGACUUCUUUCGCCCAGAUCUGCUAUUUAUAAAGAGACUGUAACAGAAAAGAUUCGUGGAUCUCAAUGUCUCUUUUCUUAAUGGAGAAACAGGCAUAUUUAGCAGCAGUGCUAUGCAAGGAAGCACACGGUCAAAGCAAUGGGCUGAAGAACAGACUGCUGCCAACAGUCUGCAGCAUUAUGAGUCAGCCUGGACUCCACCACAGCCAGCUUUAGGAACUCAGUGAGAAAGGCCAGUGCACAGCUUUUAGCAUGGCUGGGUGCUGGCUUCGUCCAGUACUUUCAUCCAGUCAUUCUACUGGAGGAAGCGUAAUAGCACAGUGGGACCGCAGCAGAUGAAACUGAGAACUGCAAGUAUAAGGGACCUUCCCAGAGUAUUUCCAUGGAAUGCAACUCCACUGUGCAACAACAUCCUUAGACAGAAGUUCCAUCUUUGUACUUAACUGUUCUUGACAGAUUUAUUCUCCACAAAGUUGCUCACUUUCUUGAAUCACAAUAUUCCCUCUGCAGCCUAACUCCAAGCUGUGGAAAGAGCCUCCUUUGUUCUGACCCACCCUGAUGUGUGCUCCUUUCAUUUGAUGCCUCCUCUUUCUUGACUGUAAGAAAGAGUGUAUGUCCUCCCUGUGGCAACUGCUUUCACAGGUUCUCUCACAUCCCCUCUCAGUUUUUACCAGCCUGAAGAGCACUCACUUUUGCAGCCAUUCAUCGUGCAGAAUUGUUUCCCCCCCACUUGACAUUUUUUGCAGCUUCCCCCACUACACUCUGGGAUGGGAGGGGCAGAGCAGCACGGAGCUCCUGGCACAGUCACACUGUC